AUGACUGUAGCUCAAGGAAUCCAGCAGUCCGUCAUUGUUUGCUUUCUACUUCCGGACCACCUAUCAUAUCGGAAUUCAAAGACAAUAAAGAAAAAGAACGAUCGUCAGUUUUCUUGUUGGCCAUCAGCUGUCAUGAUAAAGGCUACUGUAACGGGGACUAACGAGCGUUUCUCGGCCCAAAUCCUUUUACUAGGGCGUCAAAGAUAUCGCCUCGGUACAAAGUGGUCAUUGAAAUAUACUUCGCAGAUAUGUCGAGAAGAUACUCCACCAUUACUAUGUAUAGACGUAUUGUUGGCGCAAUGGGGCUAG